CUAUGGCUUAGAUGCUAUGACUUUUUUCAUUUAGUUUCUGCUCCACCACGCCCACCCCAGAAGAAGACGUAAGUACGAAAAGGAAAAUAGAAGAAAUGAAAAGACUUGUCUAAAUCUGCAGGCUGGUUCGUUCUUCUUUGAUGGCUUGUGGCUCAUUAUUUAGCUCAAACUUGCACCCUUUGAAUUUCCGUACGGAAACACUGCCAAUUUUCGUCGAGAAUGAUCUAAUUCUACUAGACCCACAAAACUGAAUAGUGGAGAAUUUGUCUGUUCUUGGUAAUCAGAAAUCGAUUCAUCAGAGCAAGAGGCUUGAUCAUGAUCACGGGUAAGAGUCUGAAUUCUCUUGUUCUAUGCAUCCUUGUUGUCCUUUACUGUUGCCCUUCAAGAUUUUGCACAUCAAGGGACAACAUUACAGCAAAUCUAGUUAUUAAAGACCCUGAAACUAUAGUGUCGAAGGGUAAGCACUUCAAAUUGGGAUUUUUCAGUCCUUUUAAUAACUCCAGGCGUUAUUUAGGUAUUUGGUAUAACCAAAAUGUUUCUGAACCUUCUGUGGUGUGGAUAGCAAAUAGGGAUAAAGCUUUGAACGAUUCUUCUGGUACUGUGAAGAUAUAUAAAGAUGGGAAUAUUGUGGUUAUGUAUAGGGACAAGGAAAUUCUUUGGUCGUCAAAUGUUAAAAAUACUAAGAUGAAUACGACUGCCCAGCUAUUGGAUUCUGGAAAUCUUGUUUUGAUAGAAUCUUCUAGUGGACGUAAAUUAUGGGAAAGUUUUAAGCAACCUUCGGGGUCAUUCUUGACAGCAAUGAAAAUAAGUCGUAGUAUUACCGUAGUUGAGAAGGCUACUACUUCUUGUGGUAAUGGCACAUGUGGACCGUUUGGGAUCUGCAACUCACAAAACUCGCCUAUUUGUACCUGUUUGAGAGGGUUUUAUCCGCAGGACGAUGGGGAAUGGAAAGCAGAGAACUGGACAAGUGGAUGCGUGAGGAGGAUAGAUUUGCAGUGUGAAACAAACAAUGGCUCCAAUAGUGGGAGCAAAGAAGAUAGGUUUUUGAAGCUAGAAACGAUGAAAGUUCCAGAUUAUGGAGAUCGGCAGCCCGGUCAGGAAUCUGAAUGUGAAGGUCUAUGCAUGAAGAAUUGUUCCUGCAUAGCCUAUGCUCAUGACACUGGUAUUGGCUGUCUGUUCUGGACUGGAAGCUUAAUUAACAUUCAAAAAGACUCUGCAGGCUCAGAUCUUUUCAUUCGACUGGCAAAUUCGGAAUUUGGUCAUAAGAAAGACUUUAAGUUAGUCCUAAUAAUUAUGGUUAUCGUUGGUUUGAUUUCCAUAUCCAUUAUCAUAUUCUUUUCCUGGAAAUUCAUGACUAAACCAAGAGGCAACACGAUGAUAUCAGAACAUGGGGAUGUACGCCCAUCUGAUUCAGUUGAUGUUUCUCGUGAAGAUGAUAUACGCAAUGCUAGCAUCGAAGAGUUACCAUUAUUUAAAUUUGAGAUGCUUGCAAAUGCGACGGACAAUUUCCACGAUGCUAACAAGCUUGGAAAGGGCGGUUUUGGUCCAGUUUACAGGGGACAAUUGGCAAAUGGUAGAGAAAUUGCAAUCAAGAGGCUAUCAAAAGUAUCUACACAAGGGAUGAAAGAAUUUAUGAAUGAAGUGACGUUGAUUUCCAAACUCAAACACCGGAACCUCGUUAGACUGCUGGGAUGCAGUGUUGAGAGGGGAGAGAAGAUGCUAGUCUAUGAAUACAUGCCUAAUAAAAGCUUGGAUGCACAUCUAUUUGAUCCAUCACAAGAUAUCUUAGAUUGGAGACUACGUUUCAGCAUUAUUGAAGGUAUUGGCCGAGGCCUUCUUUAUCUUCACAGAGAUUCUAGAUUGCGGAUAGUUCAUAGAGAUCUGAAGCCAAGUAACAUAUUGCUGGAUAAUGAUUGGAACCCAAAGAUUUCAGACUUUGGCAUGGCAAGAAUUUUUGGAGGCAACCAAGAUCAUGCCAGCACUGUAAGAGUGGUAGGAACAUAUGGAUAUAUGGCCCCUGAAUAUGCAAUGGAAGGAAGAUUUUCAGAAAAAUCUGAUGUCUUCAGCUUUGGAGUUUUGAUGCUAGAGAUCAUUAGUGGAAGAAAGAACACGAGCUUCUAUAAGCAUGAGAGCUCUUUGAGCCUUCUGGGAUACACAUGGAAGCUAUGGAAUGAAGACGAUGUUGUGUCUUUAAUAGAUGCAAGAAUAUUGAGUCCAAGUUACCGUGCAGAGAUCAUGAGAUGCACACACAUCGGCUUAUUGUGUGUCCAAGAACUUCCCAAAGAUAGGCCAAAUAUUUCUGCCGUUCUAUCAAUGCUUAGCAGUGAAAUUGUCGAGCUUCCUGAGCCGAAGCAAGCCGCAUUUGCUGAAAAGUGGAGUCGUCCUCACACAGGUACAGGAUCUUCUCAGCAGAGCCAAAAGAGUAGUAGUUCCUUGAAUAAUGUCACUCUUACAGCAGUUGAUGGCCGAUGAAAUCAGUAGUGACUUGAUCGACAGAGAUUGCACCCGCGAAGAGCUCAAUUAAUUUUGUAAACACAUUGAUCUUGAGUUUUUAUUGUAUAGUUUUGAGUAUACUAAUCGAGGCCAACUGGCCCUAUGUGAGUAAAAUAUUGUAAAAUAAUUUAAAAAUUAUCGCGUGAACAUACUUAUAUGGCUGAGCUUGUUAGAAUUUCCGAAUACCCACCUGACCCCAUGUGACUAAAAUAUUGUAAAAAAAAUAAAAAUCCCUCUCACCUUCUAUUGUGAGUAUUCCAGAGGCGUUCCUUGUA